CGAACGCUCCCGAAAAAAAAAAAAAACACGACCAUAACCCGGACAUUCCACUUUAUCUGUCAUGGUGGUUGAACAAGAAUUUUGAAGAACAUUUUCGCGUUUGAAACAUGUUUCGUCUGUGCAAACGAGCUGUUUUUAUCCACGAGCAAUGGAUAGUGAAGGUCAACUUGCCGUUAAGUCCUUACUCAACGUCUCCAGUCAGACUGGGAGUUCUGCAGAAGGUGAAUGAAAAAUGUGAGCGUUUCUUAAAGCAGAGAUUUCCUCACUUUUCCAUCCUGUACCACACCCUGAGGAAAGGAUUUCGGCUCCUGUUAGAAGACGUGAAGGAAGUUAGUAGAAUAAAGUGGACCAUAUGGAUUAAUAACACCCACUACAGAGAGCUCCCUUAUCGAGAAAUGAAGAGACUCAUUCUGUUUCGACGUGACAUGAUUAAAGCCAUUCCACUGCUCGUGAUAUCACUUCCUCCGUUCGCCAUCGGUUUCGUGUUCAUCCUGAUGUGUUUGUUUCCACGUCAACUUUUGUUUCGACAUUUCUGGACGUCACAGCAGCAGAGAAAGUUCCAGAUGAUUGACCACAUAAAGCGUUCUCUGUGUCAGGUGAAGAUCCUGGACAGCUUGAUGUUGACUGUGCCACGUUUGAGCGGGUCUCAUCAGAGGAGCCUCCUCAACCUGUGCUCCAAGGUUCAGGAUGGGACGCAUCCAAAAGUCUCUGAGGUCCACGCCGUACGGGAGGUCUUCUUCAUGUCUUCUCCACUGGGAAUGCAGUGUGUGGUGCCUCGUCAUCUGAGAUUGUUAGGUUCUCAAGUCCCUGUAAUCGUGUGGUUUCCCAGUUUCCUGGUGCGGAGGCGGCUGACCACCAAAGCCCUGGACCUGCUGUAUCUGGACCGUGCCCUGCAGCGUCUCGGGCCCGAUCAGCUCACUGAGGACGAAAUGAGACAAGCGUGUGACCUCCGAGGGCUGAACCCCAGCCGAUUGACCUCCGGUCAGUGUAAAGAGUGGCUUCAUCAGUGGCUGGAGCUCUCCGCAAAUAUCAAAGAAUCGGAAAUCUCACUCUUACUACACAGUAUGACGCUGCUCACGCGCAACUACCCACCCGUGACCAAGUGAACACAACAUGAUCCUCAUAUCUCCUCGCAUCUCCUUCCUCCUGUUUACUCUUCACCUCGACUCUGUACCGCUUACACACAUGGUUCUCUUUUUCCCACAGAAUUUCUGUUUAAAGCUUGCUGUCAAACCAGUUCACAUUUAAAGCCUGGAAGUCUAAAGUCAUUUGCAUAAAGUGACUCACUUUAGUGUUAUUUGAAAUCCCAGUCUGUGCAGAAAUUAUGCUGUGUGGGUUUUUUUUUUCAGUUGAAAAAGUAUACAGAAGUGUUCUUACAACACUGACAUUUAUUUGAUGUGUUUGUGUUUAAACAGUUUAAUUUGAUAUAAUUAUUCAGUUUUAUAUCUGGUCUUUGUAAAGCUCUGCGAUUGCACUCAAACUUCAUACCUUUCCUUACUUCAUCUAAGGUUACCUCUUUUUUUAUAUCCAUUUUGAAUCAUUUUGAAUUAUUGAGAUGUUUAUAUAUAUAUAUAUAUAUAUA